AGAUGUUCAUUUUAGAACCUCCUUAAAAACCCCUCUUCUAUGCCUCACAUUCAUCAUCACCUCCUUUCCUUGAAGAACCAGAAACCCUAGCUAAAUAAGACUUUGUAUUUUGUGAGAAAAAAAUCAAGCUUUUGUCCAUGGGUUCUAUGCUAGGGCAUAUAUUACCAGGAUUAGGCUUUUUUCUCAUAGGUUUAUGGCACCUCUUUAACCACAUCAAGCUCCAUGCUCUUCAUCCAAACACCUAUAUUGCACCACCAUGGUUUCCUUUUUCCAAGUUUAAGUAUUUGGAGCUCUACGUGAUAAUGGGAGGUUGCUUUGCUUCCAUAUCCAUGGAGCUCUUCAUUGGUCCAGACCGACACCAUCCUUUUGACACGGAUGGAACUAUCCCCACCAACCAUCUACGAAACUUCGAGCACUCUUCCAUCUCCAUGGCACUCUUCUCCUACGCUGCAUUCGCCAUUGUUCUUGAUCGUUCACGUGCCAAAGCUCGACAUGAUUUGGCUCAAUUCCUUGGUGCUAUAGCCUUUGCUCAGCAGUUUUUUCUUUUUUGCCUUCACUCUACUGAUCAUAAUGGUCCUGAAGGGCAAUACCAUUUGCUCCUACAGUUUGUUAUUCUUGUUUCUUUAACAACAGCUCUUAUGGGAAUUGCUUUUCCAAAGAGUUUCUUGAUCAUCUUUGUGAGGUCGCUUAGCAUUUUCUUCCAAGGUGUUUGGUUUGUGGUCAUGGGAAUCAUGCUUUGGACACCGGGCUUGGUGCCUAAAGGAUGUUCUUUGAAUGAUGAGGAUGGUCACAAAAUUGUUAGGUGCUCCAACGAAGAGGCUGCUCACCGAGCCAAGUCCCUUGUGAAUAUUAUGUUCAGUUGGUUCUUGGUUGGCAUUGCCAUUUUUGGUGUUUGCCUCUACUUGGUUUUGGAUAAAAUUUAUGGCAAAAAAGUUGAGUAUUUUACAUUGAAAGGGGAAGGUCUUGAUCAUCAUGGACAUGGAGACGAUUUGGAUGAUAUUGAAUCCCAAAAGGAAAAAUAUAAUCUCGGAGCUUCGAAGAACUUUGUUUAUAUGGAAAAAUCAGCUUUGUUGCCUACAGACAUGGGAAGGUAGAAUUGCUUAUAUAUAUGUAUGGUAGGAAAAGUCUUUGAACUAUAUAUGCUAUUAUGCAUAUAAAUAUGUUUGUUUUAGUGUAUGUAUAUAUAUAUACACGUUUAUGUGUCUAUAUAUUGUAAUCAGUUGUAUAUGUAUAUAUAUAUAUAUAUAUAGAUCCAACGGUCUUUAAUUUGUUUAAUUAGGCCAACAAUCUAUAUUUUGGUGUAACGUAGAUAUAUUACAUUAUUAUUGCAUGUACAUUCAACAGUUUGCUUAUGCGUUUUAUAUAUAAUAUAUAUAUUUUUUUCA